CGAAUUACACCUUUUAUGUUAGCUGAUUAAAUUUUUUAUUAUUUAUAUACUUAACAUAUACAUACAUAUUUACGUUAUAUGAGAGUCUAUUAUCUCUCUACGAUGUAAAAAUAAACGUACUUUAUUAUAUCUGAGGGUGGCGGGCGAGAGUGAAGUGAAAAACGUGAAAUGGAAUUGCACACGCCGAAGCGUGAGACGCGUCUGCUGACAGAAGCGUUGCCGUGCAGUCCGCCAAUGUGCGAUAGCAUGCUUUAUCCGUGGAACUGGGGCGACGAGGCGAGAAACGUGAAUCUUAGUCCGGGUAGCUCGUGCUCGUCGCCGGAAUACAGGGAGCAUAGUGUGGUGGCCACGCGAAACGGGCCUCGGUCACGUUCAGGAGGGUCGGAGAGUCAUCGUCGUGGUCGACCAAGAGCCGAUGCUCUUUCCAAUCUUAUGAUGCAAGGAAGCACCUCACCGAGCAGUAUAAAAUGUACUUAUUGUAGCCGUGUAUUCCCUAGAGAAAAAAGCCUCCAAGCACAUUUGCGUACCCACACAGGGGAACGUCCAUAUCCAUGUGAUUAUCCUGGAUGUACAAAAGCCUUUACGCAAUCAGGGCAAUUAAAGACCCACCAACGACUGCACACAGGAGAGAAACCAUUUUUAUGUACAGAACCUGGCUGUGAAAUGAGAUUUACGCAUGCCAAUAGGCAUUGUCCAGAUCAUCCAUAUGCUACUCUCACACGAUCUGAUGAUUUUGUAUUAAAACCAGUAUCAGAAAAUACUGAAUUACCUCAUGAUGUUACUAGAUGGCUAGAACGUUACAAAAUGUCCAGGGAAAGGGAGGAUAGAACACCUACAGGAAAGAAUGAACGUAAGAAAAAGACAUGGAAGAGUAGCUCAGAGAAUCACAAAAGGGUUAAGUCUAGAAAAGGUCUAAUGAUGGAUGCAACAGGAGAGCAAGAAAAUCUAGAUUGCAAGCAAUCUAAUCAAAGAUUGUAUUGUGGAGAGAGUCAAGACAGUCAAGAAGAAAGUCAAGAUGAAGAUCCAGCAGUAUUACAAACAUCUGAAGAUGAAGAAAUAUCAACAAAGUUAGCAAUUACUCCCUUAAGAAGACCAUUAGAUAGACUGCAGCCAAAGAAAAGAUGGUUACGCGAAGCUUGUUUAGAACAGCAACUAGCCAAACCUUUAAAUUGGGACACUAAACCUAUCAAUGUACCUAUAACUACUUCGUUUAAAAUUAAUGGUAACCAAAUGCAGUGGAGCUCACCUGUUGAUAAUUCAUCUGCCUUGUUAGAUAAUUCAUGUUUAAAUGCAUGUAAAGAAAUUGAACUUGCAAAGUCAGAAGUAGAUUCUCCUUAUACAUCUACACAAAUAUCUUGGGAUGGAAUUACUGAAAAUGAAUCUCUAGAACCAUCUGUGAAAGAAGAACCAAAAUAUGUAUUUGAAACAUCAAAUACAUUAUCUCAAAACAUUUGGAAUUCUUCACAGCAUCAUAUGAACAAUUUUACGAAUAACAUGAACCAAAUGAAAACCGAUAUUAACCACUCCAUUUCUAAGUUUGAACCUUCCAAAAGUCCGAAUCAUACGUAUUGGGACAAUAAUUUAAGAAACGAAACGACUGAAUCUCCAAUAAAUCAGUCUAACGUGAAAAUUCGGGAUUUUGCUCAAAAAGAUAUUUCCAAACAAAAUACGUUUAUGAAUUCUCAUAUUAGCGAAAAUGUGACGAGACCAACUGUGUUAAUGUUAGCUGGAAGUUUCAAUAAUAAUAAUAAUAACAACAACAAUAACAAUAACAAUAAUAAAGAUGCAAUUUCAAAAGUACCACCAAUUGAAUCUGAAACAGGAUUAAAAGUAGUUGUUCUUAAACAGGAGGAUAAUAUUAUCAAGUUACCAAUUCCAGAAGAUAGCCAGAAAUGGCUAGGAGCUUUAGCUUUGAUGGAAUUAGCUAAAAAUCAAGAAGAGACAGGGAGAGGUGUGAGUUUUAAACAGAACAGAAAUGAAUUCUCUGAGUUGAAUUAUACCCAUUUAUAGACUGUGAUUAUUGGCUAUUGUAGUUUCAUAUUAUUUUUGUAUGGCAGAAAAAAAUAAAAAUGCAUUUAUUGCCAUAAUGUAGCAUUUUUGAACAUGUUAAUAAGAAAUUCUAAUCUGUCUUUCUUGUUACACAAUCAAGUAGCAUCUUUUAUAAUUUUCUUUUGAUAUUUUUCUAAUUACAUUAUAGUUUAUGUUGGCCAUUUAUUUGCAUUUUACUGUAAAACUAUAUGUUAUGACUUUGCCAUUAUUAAUAUUGCAAAUAGUUAAAAUAUUUGAAGUUUUUCUCUUUCUGUUUUUCCCGUUUUCUUUAAAAAAAUAAAUUAUGUUUGUAACUUUGUUAAGAUUUAAAUAUAUAUUCACAUGAAAUUUAAAAAUUUGCAACAUAUCUUUAUUUAGAGGAAAUAAAGCCAUAACAGUUUUCUUUUAUAAAGGUACUCAUUAUCAGUUUCAUGUAUCUGUAUACACUGUUAUAAAAGUAUACACUUUUUGCAAAUGAUUUUCUCGCAACAUAUGCAAGCAAUGAAAGUAUAUUACUGUAACAUUAAAUUAUAUAAAAAUAUUCUUUCUUUUGAAACUUUUGUUGCUCCAGUGAAAGAAAGAAACAAAAUUGUUAUAUUUUGCGAAAAGUUAAACAUUAUAUUGUGCAUAUACAAUGUAACUUAUAAAUUUUAUCUGUACUUUGUGAUUAUAUAGUGACAUGAAUAUAUUCUUAUAUACUUUUGAUUUCAAACGUAUAUGAAACAAUAUAAAAAGAUUCGUUAAUGAAAAAAUUCAUUAACUUAAUCAUUCACCCAAUUUGACAAAAAUUUUAAGUAUUAUUUUCUUUUCAUUGAUCAUACUUGCAUAUUCAUUCUAAACAAUUUAUGUGAUAACUGUUAACUUUAUCGCUAUUUGAUGUAAUUCAUGUGAAUAGUUUUCAAUGUUUGACUUAUUAUUUUAUAAAAUUAUAAAAUGUUACGUUUUCCUUUUAGGUAAUAAUGCAACAAUUUAUUUAUUAUUAUCGGCCAUACUAUGUAACGAUACAAAAAUUUGUGUGAUACUUAGAAUAUUAAAAAAAUUUACAGAGAAAAAUUUUUUGUCGAAAAUAGUGGAUGAAGUUUGUAAAGUAUUUAAUUGGAAUAAAUAUAAUUAUUAUUUAUAAGAUGUUAUAAAGGAAAAGUAAUGGGUAGUGAUAAGGUAAACAAAUCUUUCAUUUGUAAUAUCAUUAAGUAAUUUUAGCUCCUACUAUUUUUUACUAGAUGUGUACAUAUGUGAAAUAUUUUAAUAAAUAUUUUUAAAAAUUUUA